AUGUCAUUGUCAUUUCGAUUGAACAGUAUCCCGUCUUCUUCAAAACAUUCGAUUAUUUCAUUAAGUAAUUUCGAUAUAACAUCAUCUCAUAACAAUAAUCAAUUCGUUUCAUAUAAUAAUAAUAAAAUUUUUUACAAUGAAAAUCAAUUCAUUAAUAUGACAUCAUCCGAUACAAAAGUCGAUCAAACUAUUGGUCAAGCUAUUGAACAUUUUGAACAAAUUCUUACACAAUGUGUUACACCAUCAAGUACAUCACUCAUCAAAGAUAAUGAUCAACAAGAUAGUAAAAAUGAUAUAAAAUUAAAAAUUGAAACUAAAAAACGUGAUUGUGAAGAAUUUUUAAAUUCAUUAAAUAAAAAAUCCAAUUUUAAAAUGAAACAACGCAAUCAAAAAAUUGAUUGUCGCAAAUGGUGUGAAGAACAAAAUCGACGAAUUACAAAAUAUUACAAUUCAAUCGAUGAUAAUAAUAGAAAAUAUCGUUCAAAAAAUCAAAAUAUCUAUGGAUCAAUAUUCUAUUGUCGUAAAGCUCUUUUACAAAAAUCUGAUGGAAUCACUUAUAUUUGUAUUAGAAAACGAUUUAAUUAA